AUGCCGUUUGCGUACCUUCGCAAGCAGCGGGAAUCCGCUUCUCUGCACGGGAACCCUGCACCACGCGGAGUGUCGCUUGGCAAGGCGGUUCGGAUCGCACUGGUGGCGGUAGUGCUGGUGCCGUUGGCGCUGUGGCUUCCGUGGCUGCACUCGGCACUUGGACCUUCUGGUCUGCCGGACCAUUGGGUGCGAUCCUCGCCCGGGCUGGAAUCGGAAUGCGGUACGGUUACGCACGAUGGGGCGGCGCUAUUGUACUGCGAAGACAUCGAGGCGAUCCCGGGCACGAGCACGGUGCUGGUUAGCUGUGACGCCAACCGGCCACGCUGGAACACCGUCAUGGGACCCCUGACCGAUCCUGGACCGCGAGGAACAUUGUAUGCAUACUCGCUCAAUGGCUCGAAGCAAGCAGUGCCGGUGGAGUUGACAGGCUAUCCACGAGAGAAGGACUUCCACCCGCUGGGCAUGUCGAUGUUCACGGGAAGCAAAGGGACGAGGCUGUUUGUGGUCAACCACGCGCGCGAUCGCAGUACAGUCGAAGUGUUCGACCUCGUCCUGGAGAAAGAGGGGUGGGUGGCCAAGUGGGUGCGCGAUGUGGUGCAUGUAGUUGCGACGCAUACGCCCAACUCGAUCCAUGCGCUGUCAUCCACCUCGUUUGUAGUCACCAACGACCACCUCUUUGCACGUCGACCCGGCCCACUCGCACACACACUUGCGCUGCUACACCAUCUGUUCCUCGGUCCGUACGAUGAGUGUCGCAGCGAUGUACUCACAUGGACGUUGCUUCAGGUUGCCAAGGUGUUGACCCACCGCGGGGUGGCUGCACGCCUUGCGCAGAUCGAAACCCUCCUCGGCCUCCCGCUUGGCUGGGUAUCUUUCGUUGACCUCACCACCGACGUCGAUGCGCGCAUCCUCGCACGAGGCAUCCCCUUCGCAAACGGCAUCACCCUCACGCCCGACAACAAGCUCGCGGUAGCAGCAACCACCUACCCCGGCAUCUACUUCUACUCCUACUCCCCACCGCAUUCCUCCUCCAGCCCACUACACUUGCACAGUAAGCUUCACCUCCCCUUCCGCGUGGAUAAUCUCGCUCUCUCUGUACCCCCUCGGUCUGCGGGAGACGAUGCAUGGGGAGGGCGGGUGUUGUUGGCAACGGGUCAUCCGGCGCCUUUGAAGCUCAUGGCCAUGUCGCGCAAUGUGACCAACCGUGCUCCGAGCUGGAGUGUAGCCAUCACCCCCUUUUCGGGCGCCGACGAGUGGGAGGACAAAGCAGCCCCGCUACCAGCACACCGCUUUGUGCUCAGCCAUAAUCCCGCCUGGUCAGUCCGAACCCUCUUCCAAUCCAACGCCUCCCCUGCCACCCCCGACCGGCAGAGCCUAGCUUCGAGCGCAAGCACGUUCUACCGCCCCUACGACCACCACCCGCAUGCAGGCACCUUGCUCGUCUCCGGUCUGUACGAUUCCCUCCUCCAAUGCUCCAAUGUCUCCACCUAA